AUCCCUCCGCCAGAAAUUGUUUUCCGCAGUCUCUACUUCCGGGUCCGCCAUUUUGUUGCCUCCAUUUCUCCACGAGGGGGGUUAAAGGCCCCCAAAAUAUGCAUAGGUGAAAAGGCCAAAAAGUAACCGUCACUGACAGGGAGUCUAAACGAGAGGAGGAGACGGCACCAAACUGGCGGGUUCGGCGAGAGCGCCACCGGCGGCGUCCCGGACGAGGAGCUUCCUGCAAACUUCUGUUCCUAUGCAUAAAGAUGUCUUUGGUGGACUUGGGGAAGAGAUUGCUAGAAGCAGCAAGAAAAGGCCAAGAUGAUGAAGUGAGGACAUUGAUGGCAAAUGGUGCCCCGUUCACCACCGACUGGCUUGGAACGUCACCCCUCCACCUUGCAGCCCAGUAUGGUCAUUAUUCCACAGCAGAAGUGCUCCUUCGAGCAGGCGUUAGCAGGGAUGCCCGAACCAAAGUGGACAGGACCCCCUUGCACAUGGCUGCAGCUGAUGGACAUGCACACAUCGUGGAACUGCUCGUUAGGAAUGGUGCAGAUGUGAAUGCCAAGGAUAUGCUGAAGAUGACAGCUUUGCAUUGGGCCACAGAAUACCACCAUCGAGAUGUUGUAGAGCUGCUUAUCAAAUAUGGAGCUGAUGUCCAUGCUUUCAGCAAGUUUGAUAAAUCUGCCUUUGACAUAGCCCUGGAGAAGAACAAUGCUGAGAUUCUGGUCAUCCUCCAGGAAGCAAUGCAGAAUCAGGUGAAUGCUAAUCCCGAAAGAGCCAACCCUGUGACUGUGGCUACCCCAUUUAUCUUCACGGCAGGAGAAGUUGUCAACCUCGCUAGCCUUGUUUCUUCAGCCAACACCAAAACAACCUCAGGUGACCCCCAUGCCUCCUCAACAGUACACUUCUCAAAUUCUACCACCUCAGUGCUGGCCACCCUUGCAGCUCUUGCUGAGGCAUCAGCUCCCCUCUCCAACUCACACAGAGUCACAGCUAAUUCAGAGGAAAUCAUAGAAGGAAAUUCUGUUGACUCAUCAAUCCAGCAAGUGGUGGGGAGUGGAGGACAGAGGGUGAUCACCAUAGUGACCGACGGAGUGCCUCUGGGUAAUAUCCAAACUGCAAUUCCUACUGGAGGCAUUGGCCAGCCAUUUAUUGUAACUGUGCAAGAUGGACAGCAAGUUCUAACUGUACCUGCUGGUCAGGUUGCAGAGGAGACUAUAAUUGAAGAAGAAGAGGAAGAAGAAGUGGAGAAGUUGCCAUUGACUAAGAAACCAAAGGUAGAAGAGAUGACAGACAGUGUGGAGGAGAACAAGGAAGGCACUGAAAGAGAACUACUACAGCAGCAGCUCCAGGAGGCCAAUCGAAGAGCCCAGGAAUACCGACACCAGCUCCUCAAGAAAGAGCAGGAGGCAGAACAGUACCGCCUCAAGCUGGAGGCCAUGGCCCGACAACAGCCCAAUGGAGUUGAUUUCACCAUGGUUGAAGAGGUGGCUGAGGUAGAUGCUGUAGUGGUCACAGAGGGGGAGAUGGAAGAGAGAGAGAUGGAAGUGACUGGGGCGGGAGGGACCACAGAGCCUCAUCAUGGAGUUUCCAUAGAAACUGUUUCAUCUUAACGUACAAGGGCCACAGUUUGUACUACGUCCAUUUUUUUUCUCUUUUUAAAAGAAAAUACAGAGGACAAACCUUGUUUAAAAAUUAAGAAUUUCCUUAAGAAGAAAACUAUAGCAGGGUAUAAUGCUUGGGCUCAGGAAGGCUCUCUAUGCAACUGGAAAAAUCAAAGCCAAAUUUAGGGAACACUUCUUUUGAGAGGCCAAAAAAAUAAGGACCAAAUUUCCCAGCUUACGUCAUUGCUUUAAGCGUAGAGGUAAAAGAAUGCUGCAUGUUGUAGGUUGGUUGGUUGUUGCAAUAACUGACUUUUUAUCAAAAGAUUUUACUUUCUGUUAAAAAUUUUUUCUAAGAUAACAUUCCUAAUAUGGACCCACCCAGAUCCUUUAAUAGUUGCACCAUCAAGUGACCUGAAAAUUUGCCUUAGAUUUAUGAUGUAUGUCUGUUACAGAAGAAAACUAAUUGGGAGGGAGGUUAGGAGCAAGCUUUGGGGAAGAGAAAGGAAUAUAUUCCACUUCCAAAGGAGCAAGCGAUCCCCACUAUUCAGUUAAUUUCACUGAAAAUAAUUUGUGAUUGCCUGACUAAAUUUGCAUCCAUUGUGUGUCCAUAGCUCAGCUGCCAGUUUAAGAAACGGAAAUAUAAUUUUUUAAAACUGGAAAGAAAAGUCGUUUAUGUGAAAAAGUGUAUGUAAAUCCAAAAUCCUCCAGGCUGCGCUUUCACAAUGCUGGAAAGUGGCCAGAAAGAGGCUCCUUGGGGUUAUGAAACAACCUGAUGUUGAGAUACAAACUUUGCUCUGGCUGGAUUUUACAAAAUUGCAAUCAGGAUGAUAGUCUGUUGUUAGAACAACUUGCUUCCAAACAUUUAUUUAUGUAAUAUCAAGCUUUAAUAGCAAUUCUUUAAUUUUAUAAAAUUUUGUUGAGUUUUCUAAAUGUGCCUUUCUGUAGCGCUUACAUGGUAUCCUCUUCUAUGCAAUAAAGGAAGGGGGAGAGAGACGAA